AUGCACCAUUAUGUGAAAUCUCUUCAUUCAAAAUUCAUUAAAACUUUACCGGGAAAUUUCUUAACUGUCUAUCGAGGGCAAAUGAUGACUGCUGGCGAGUUUGCUAAAUUGCAGACGAAUAUCAAUGGUUUCAUUGCAAUCAAUACAUUCUUUUCGACAACUUAUUCAUCAGUUGUAGCAAUAACUUUUGCUGGCGAUGGAUCCGGUCGACCGAUGUUUGAAUCGAUCUUUUUUGAAAUAGAAAUCAAUUUAAGUUUGCAUAAAACACCAUUUGCCGAUGUUCAUAAGAUCAGUCAGUUCGGCUCCGAAAAAGAAAUAAUAUUAUCUAUGGGGUCUUCUUUUCGUAUUGAAUUCAUUGAACCAAUGAGCGAUAAACUUUGGCAUGUUAAAUUGAUUUCGGCAAGCGAAAAAGAUACUGCGCAACUCGAUGAUUUAGCUCGGUAUUUGAAGAAAAAUAUUAAUAAUGAAUCAAAUUAUCUUCUAUUCGGUAAAAUUUUACGAGAUAUGGGUCAGUAUGAUCAAGCCGAAAAAUUUUAUGAAUUAUUAUUGACUGAACUUCCAUCGAAUCAUCAAGACAUAGCAGCUGUUUAUUCAUGUUUAGGAUCAACGAUUGCUAAAACACAAAAGAAUCUUCGACGAGGGUUAUAUUAUCUGCGACAAUCGCUCAUGUUACAAGUCAAAGAAUUCCCAAAGAAUUUUAUCCUUUUCGCUGACACUUUGAUAGCUAUUGGCGGAAUAUUUAUCGAACGCCGAAAAUAUCAAUCCGGACUUCGCUACUACCAGCUCGUUCGUGGAAUGUUUGAAUGCGUUCAUCCAAAAAAUCAUUCUAGAAUCAUCUUACGGCGAGCUAAAGUUUACAACAAUAUUGGAUACGUCUAUUCCGAGAUGAAUCAAUUUUCGUGCGCAUUAAAAUAUUACAAAAUAUCUGUUGACAUAGAGACAAAGUUGCUACCAUCGAAUCAUCCAAGUAUAGCUACUGGAAUGAACAACAUAGCCACAGCAUACCUUAAGAAACAAAAUUUUUCAUUAGCAAAUAAAUAUUUUCAACAAGCAAACGAGAUUCGGCCGACAUCACUACCGUUCGACCAUCAUCCAGAUCAUGCACAAAUGUACAAUAAUCUUGGAACGAUGGAGUAUGAAAAAAAAACAUUUCGAUCAAGCAUUAGUUCAUUUUGA